AUGGAACUAGAUCCAGGAGCAUCCGUCUCUGAAAUCAGAAAGCAAUACAGGAAAUUGAGCUUGCUAUGGCAUCCAGACAAGGUCGAAGAAGCUGAGAAAAAUACAUCAGAAGCUCAUUUCAUAGAUAUAUCCAAGGCAUACAAAGUAUUGACGGAUGAAGAUGCACGAAAGAACUGGGAAGAAUUCGGACAUCCUGAUGGCAAACAAUCAUUAUCAUUGGGUAUCGCACUGCCAAGCUGGCUUGUAUCAGAGGGCAGUAGCUCAGUCGUGCUACUCAUUUAUGGACUUAUUUUUGCUCAACUGGAUUUGAUCACCAUCGCUAUGGAAUUCCGAUUCAAAGUCUUGUUGUUUGAUCCAAAAAGUCCUGAUCCAGCUGAAGUCAAACUUGAGAAGCUUAUCAAAGAAGCGAUGGAAGAAAAGGGUGGUGGAGACAAAUAUGAGAAGCCUAAACGAUAUACACAACAAAUACCUUGGUCGGGUCGAGUUUCACUGUUACUAUAUUCACAUUUACUUCGUGUUCCGGUGGACAAUUCUUUUAUGGAAGAGGAGAGGACAUUUGUGGUCGAGAAAUGUGCUAAAUUGAUGAAUGGGUUGUUACAAAUCGCUCUUGCACGAUUCCAUGCAACUACCAUCUUUACCAUUAUCGAAGUUGGUCAAUUUAUAUAUCAAGGACUCUACUUUAAAGAGCAUCCCCUUUUGCAGCUGCCUGGAAUCAAAAAGGAGCACAUCAGGCAUUUUGCUGCAAAGAAGGUUCAAAACAUGAAGGAUUUGCUUAGUCUUGAUGAUGAGAAGAGAAAUACUUUGAUGCGAUUCUUAUCCGAUCCUGAACGUGAUUUGGCUAUAUCUGUGGCUAGACAAUAUCCUCUUAUCGUCAUUGAUCAAGCUGAUUUCGCUGUUUUGGGUGAUCCAGCCAUCACUCCAGGUUCCAUUGUGACUUUGACUAUAGUGUUACGUAGAGUGAAUACUAUGGAAACGACAGAAACAGGAACAUUGGCUGAGAGCAUACUACCCAAUAAGGACACUCCAGUUGAAGAAAUGGCUCCUAGAGCAUGGUGGAAGCCUGAGCAAGUUGGGCCUGUUGCUCAUACUCCGUUAUUUCCCAAGGAAGUCCCAGAAAAAUGGUGGAUCUUCCUUUGUGAUUUACGAGUCAACAAGUUUGUGUGUCCACCCGGUCGAGUUAAUGAUUUGAAUACACACAAGACGAUACGUUUCCAAUUCCAAGCACCGCCAAAGGAGGGCAAACUAUCAUUACACUUGUUUGUCAAGUCUGAAUCUUGUCUUGCAUGUGACAUCAACGCUCAUGAAGUCAAGUUGGUGGUUGAACCUCCAUCUGCAAUCCCGAAUGAACAGGAGGAAGAUGAUAUCUCAGAUCCAGAUGAAGAUACAAUUGCAGGCCAAUUAGCAGCUGCACGAAGUAUGUCCAGUGGGCAAGCACCUGCUGCAAAAUCUCAACCAAAAUCAAAUGGCAACAACGCCAACAACAAAAAGGAAGCAGUACAAGACGAUGAUUCAUCAGACUCGGACUCUGAUUGA